AUGACUGAUAUCAUCGCCGGUCAAGCUCUGCCCUGCCUCUCUGUUCCUUCAGAGAAGGAAAAGAAGUAUGAUCGCCAGCUCAGAUUAUGGGCCGCCAGCGGCCAGGCUGCUCUGGAGUCAGCCAAUGUACUGCUGGUCAACUCCGGCUCGGGGACUAUAGGCGUAGAAACACUGAAGAAUCUUGUUCUCCCAGGUAUCGGAAAAUUCACCAUCGCCGACGACACUACCGUGACUGAGGCUGAUCUGGGUGUCAACUUUUUCCUUGACGAGAGCUCACUGGGUAAGUCUCGUGCACAGUGCUGCACCGAGCUACUUCUUGAGCUCAACCCAGAAGUGGAGGGUGAUUGGUAUCCUCGGAACUCGGUGAGCUACCACAGAAUGAACCAUAUCAAGGAGCUCAUGUGCCAACUACAGGAACAGGAAACCCUGGAACUUGGAGAAGUUCUAGGCAGUGACAGCCCUUUCACAAUCAUCCUGUAUGCGCUGCCCAUCAGAACCGAACAUCUCAACGCACUCGAGUCCUACAGCCGAGAACGCAAGACGCCACUCAUCGCCAUCCACUCAGCGGGGUUUUACGCUUACUUUAGGCUACGUCUCCCUGGCGUCUACCCCAUCGUCGACACUCACCCAGAUGCAACUGCCACCACGGACUUGCGUCUUCUGACACCUUGGGAAGAACUGACGGCUUUUGCCGAGAACAUGACCAAGGAUAUCGACGGCCUUGAUAACCACGAGCACGGUCACUUGCCGUUCGUAGUGAUUCUUUUACAUUACCUCAAAAUGUGGAGAUCAACCCAUGCUGACGUGCCGCCCACCAACUAUAAGGAGAAAGUCGAGUUCCGCAAGAUGGUGGCCAACGCUGCCAGGGUCGAUAACGCAGAAGGUGGCGAGGAAAACUUUGAAGAGGCUGUCGCUGCGGUCUUGAAAACCAUCUCGCAGCCAUCCCUGCCCAGUGCUGUAAAGCAGGUGUUUGAGUACCAGCACACUAACGAGUUGGAAUCAACAUCAAGUUUCUGGGUCAUUGCCGCUGCAGUUCGCAGCUUCUACGAGAAGCACAAAUGUCUGCCGCUGCCCGGCGGUCUUCCGGACAUGAAGGCCCAAUCGAGCGUCUACAUCAAGCUACAAAACAUCUACAAGGACAAGGCUCGCAAGGACGCCGCUGAGGUUCUGAGCAUUGUUCGCCAAAACCCUUGUGGCGAAAGCGUUGACCCAGCUGAAGUUGACAUGUUUUGCAAAAAUGCCGCUUUCAUCAAGUUAAUCAUCCCUGCAACUGACGGGGACGGCCAACUAAGAAGCGUAGCUCGUAAGUAUAGCACCGUUGUCUACUUCAGAGGUGCCACAGCUGAACCAUUGACAGAACAGGAAUUUGCCAACGAUGAGCUGGCUAAGGACCCGUCGAUGCCGAUGCCUCUUUCGCUUCUGCCAAUAUAUCUUGCUCUCCACGCAACAUCUCACACAUCUUCGGCCACACCGGAUGCCAUUAUGGCAUCCGUCCAGAAAAUCUUGCCAGAUGCUGAUGGCAACAAACGAGUCAUCGAAGCCGCUCACGAGGUGUCCCGUGCUCGUGGCGGAGAACUUCACAACGUCUCCGCCACGGCAGGCGGCAUGGUGGCCCAGGAGACGAUCAAGAUAAUCACGAAUCAGUACAUCCCAAUAGAGAACACGUGCAUAUUCGACGGCAUUGGGAGCCGGACCCAGGUACUUCGCUUCUAG